AUGAUGUUUAAGCAAGCUAUGGUGGCAUUGCUGCAUGCAGGCCUCUUUAGCUGCAUGGGCAUCGUUAUCCCGAUUACCCCCAUCCCGAUUCCGACUCCCUUUCCAAUUGGCCCUAUCGCAAUCGAUCCCCCCAUCAUCAUUGAUCCCUUUCCGAUCCCGCUGCCCUGCAAUGACGUUGCACUGUGGUCCCCAACCAAACUGCGAAAUACUAAAGACGGUUACUCAGCCGUGUCACUGCCCACUGCCGAUGCCGACGGUGGCAGCUCCCUGCCCGACUUGCCAUACUGGCUGUGGGACGAUCGUGAGGACGGUGACGGCUGUGUGCACUGGGCAUAUACCGACGGCGACUGCAGCAUGAGUGCGCAAAAUGAUGUGGCUUGUGGGAGGAGAAUGAGUUUGUUUGUCUAUCUGGUGGAUGCUGGAAAUGGUGGAACUUGGCCGUUGUGGGAUUGA